AUGAGAAGAAGUGAGGUCCUGGCAGAGGAGUCUGUAGUGUGUCUCCAGAAAGCCCUGGUUGACCUUCGGGCGAUAUGGGAGCUGAUCGGGAUUCCGGAGGACCAGCGGCUGCAGAGGACAGAGGUCGUACACAAGCACAUCAAGGAUCUCCUGGACAGGAUGAUUGCUGAGGAGGAGAGUCUGAAGGAGCGGCUUAUCAGGAGCAUAGCCAUCUGCCAGAAGGAGCUGGGCACCCUGUGUGCGGAGCUGCACGUGGAGCCAUUUCGGGAGGAAGGAGAGAUAACUAUCCUGCAACUAGAGAAAGAUUUGCGCACUCAGGUGGAAUUGAUGAGGAAGCAGAAAAAGGAGAGGAAGCAGGAACUGAAGCUACUUCAAGAACAGGAUCAAGAACUCUGUGAGAUUCUUUGCAUGCCUCACUAUGACAUUGACAGCACUCCAGUUCCUAGCAUAGAAGACCUGAACCAGUUCAGAAAACAUGUGGCCACUUUGAGGGAAACAAAGGAGUGUAGACGGGAGCAGUUCGUUGACAUAAAGAGACAAAUCAUACUGUGUAUGGAAGAAUUGGAGCACACUCCUGACACAAGCUUUGAAAGAGACGUUGUGUGUGAAGACGAGGAUGCCUUCUGUUUAUCUUUGGAAAAUAUUGCAACACUACAAAAACUGCUACGGCAGCUGGAAAUGCGAAAAUCCCAGAAUGAAGCAGUGUGCGAGGGACUGCGUGCUCAAAUCCAAGAGCUCUGGGACAGACUGCAAAUACCUGAGAGAGAGAGAGACACUGUGGCCAUGGCUAUGACCGGGUCAAAGGCCAAGGUCAGGAAAGCGCUGCAAUUGGAAGUGGAUCGCUUGGAAGAACUAAAAAGGCAAAACAUGAAGAAGGUGAUUGAGGUGAUCCGAAUGGAGUUGACUCAGUACUGGGACCGGUGUUUCUACAGCCAGGAGCAGAGACACGCUUUUGCCCCCUACUAUGCUGAAGACUACACAGAAAACCUGCUCCAUCUCCAUGAUGCUGAGGUCGUGCGGUUAAAAAACUACUACGAAGCUCACAAGGAACUCUUUGAAGGUGUCCAGAAGUGGGAAGAGAGCUGGAGGCUUUUCUUAGACUUUGAGAGAAAAGCUUCAGAUCCAAGUCGAUUUACAAACCGGGGAGGAAAUCUUUUAAAAGAAGAAAAACAACGAGCCAAGCUCCAGAAAACACUCCCUAAGCUGGAAGAAGAAUUGAAGGCUCAGAUUGACCUGUGGGAGCAAGCACAGUCAAAGACAUUUGUGGUAAACGGGCAGAAAUUCCUGGAUUAUGUGGCAGAGCAAUGGGAGAUGCAUCGGUUGGAGAAAGAGAGAGCAAAGCAAGAAAGACAACUGAAGAAUAAGAAACAGACAGAAACAGAGAUGCUGUAUGGCAGUGCUCCACGGACGCCCAAGCGGCGAGGGCUGACUCCCAGCACUCCUGGCAAAGUGCGCAAGCUGAACACUACUGCGAUGUCUAAUGCCACUGUCAACAGUAGCAUUCGGCCCGUGUUUGGGGGGACGAUCUACCGCUCUCCCCUGUCUCGCCUUCCUCCUUCUGGCAGCAAGCCAGCCUCCUCUACCUGUUCUGGGAAGAAAACGCCUGGUGCAGUCAGGCACGGGCCCAACAAGGAGAACCUGGAGCUGAACGGGAGCUUCCUGAGCGGUGGGUACCCCAGCUCGGCCCCCCUCCAGCGCAACUUCAGCAUUAGCUCUGUUGCCAGCACCUAUUCUGAGUUUGCGAAGGAGCCAUCCCUCUCUGACAGCUCUCCUGUUGGGCUUCAGCGGGAACUCUCAAAAGCUUCCAAAUCUGACGCUUCUUCUCGAAUCCUCAAUUCAACCAACAUCCAGUCCUGA